AUGACUUCAGAAGAUGAGUCAGAUGAUCAGAAUCCGAUUUUGGCACGUCAUCGGAAGGAGAAAAAGGAGUUGAGAGCGAAAAUGACGGCAAUGAAGAAGGCGGCGAAGUCGGGCAACAAGCAGAAGCAAAAGGAGACGAACGCCGAGUGCGAAAAAAUGGAAAAAGAGCAAGAGGAGCGCCACAAGCAAGAGCUCGCUGCUGAGCAAGCUCCGCCCACUGACCAAGAAGCUGCGCCCCCUCCAGCAGCAGCAGCCGAAGCUCCGCCCAUCGUUCAUGAAGAAGAAGAAGGCGCCGAAGAAGAAGAGGACGGUGAAGAAGGGGGCGUGGCAAACAAAUUCUACAAAACGCUGCACAUUUCGUCGAAGAAUGCCAAGAAACAGGCGAAAAAGAAGGAGCAGGCCGAGAAGAUGAAGGCGGCACAGGCGGCGGAUAAGGAGAAGGCCAAGAAUAAGGAUUCGGAGAGGCAUCAGGAGAAGGCCACCAUUAAAUCGCUCCUGACCAAAGACCACCUGCGAAUGAUUGAGAUUUCUGCGGAUGGCGAUUGUAUGUACAAUUCGUUGGUCCAUCAAUUACAGGAGGAAGGUAUUGAGAUCUCGGUGCGAAAACUGCGCAAAGCGUGUGGCCAAUACAUGCGUGAGCACAAAGCGUACUUCGCCUCGUUCAUCGCCGACACGGACGUCGACAAUUCGGCGCAGAAGACGAGCGACGAGAAGUGGGAGAAGUAUUUGGAGGGCGUGGAGAAACCAGCGGAUCAGGGAGGCGUUUGGGGUGGAGAGCUCGAGUUGACAGCCAUUUCACAGCACUAUAAGAAGGUUAUUCUGGUCUACCGUGCCGAGGGACCACACAAGAUUGGCGAGGAAUUCGAGUCGGCCGAGGAUCGUCCGCUUCGAAUUGUCUACCUUCGUUUGGCCUAUACUCUCGGAGAACACUAUAAUUCCACU